AUGUCUUCGGGUGGGGCCGCCCCCGCCAAGGCAGCGCAGCGCGGGGGGCUGCGGGUGCAGCUCGUUGCGGGGGCUGGUGCAGGGGUGCAGGCUCCGCUGGGGAGCGAGGGUGGGAUAGCACGGAGGGUCCUGAGGGCAGAGCCUCACUCUUCCCUCGCAGAUCUCACUGACAGCAGCAGUUUCCAGCGGGCCAAAUUCUGGGUGAACGAGCUGCAGAACUUCGAGGAGAACUGCCGCAUCUACCUGUGCGGCACCAAGAGCGACCUGCUGGAAGAGGACAGGAGGAAGCGCGGAGUUGACUUCCACGACGUGCAGGACUAUGCGGACGAGAUCAAGGCCGAGCUGUUUGAAACCUCCAGUAAGACGGGGCAGAGCGUGGAUGAGCUGUUUCAGAAGGUGGCCGAGGACUUUGUACACUUCACCGCCUUCCAGGUGAUGACAGAGGAGAAAGGCGUUGACCUGGGCCAGAGGAGCGGUACCUACUUGUACAGCUGCUGCCACCACUGAGACCGGCUGCCCAAAGGGAAUCCCUGCCGCGGGCUCGGGCAGCCCGUGC